UUUUUUCAGGAGUCUUUGAUGAAUAGAAAGUUCAAAAGAACAUCAUUUAUUUGUAAUAGAAAUCUUUUGUCAAAUCAUAAUUGUCUUUCCUGUCACUUUUGAUCAAUUUAAUGUAUCAUUGCUAUAUAACCAUUAAUUUCUGACUGCAAAAUGUGUAGUAUAUAAUGCAUUAUAAUUUUGAUGGACUGAUGAAUCUUCUUUCAACCUAAAACAGUGAAAAUGUUAGUUCAGAGCGAUGUCUCUUUAGAUUUUGGACAAUGUGUGGUUGACAAACUGUAUAAAUUUGAGAUGUUUUGGGAGAGAUUUCAUCACAGACAGGAACCACUGACCCGUAGAGUCUACAGUUCAGUCAGACAGAGCUGCGAUGAGGAUGUGUUGGAGUCACUUCACCUGAAACCAAAGAAACUCAUCAUGAAUUAUCUGGGACAAGAACAGAAGGCACCAAAGGAGGAGAACUCUGAAGCUGAUGACAAUCUCGUUCACGAAACCCCUCCACAUUCUUCACAGGAAAAGGAGAAAGGGGUACCAAAGUGUUCUCGGUCACGGAAAAGAGAGGACAUGGUUCUUCGAAAACAUUUAUGCCGCACAAGGUGGUGUGAUGUUGCGGCAACAUGCUCUCGGAAUGGAAAACCAACAGGAGGAAAAUGCGGCUGCUCGUCCAUUUACCCCUUUCUACAGAUCAUUGAUCUCAACACCUUCUCAUCUACUACCAAGAAAGCAGACAGCAAAGCGAUGCCUCUACUUCAUGUUGAAAAGGAAGUGAGCGGAAUUAAUUUAUAAAUGGAGAUGGCAUUGAAAUGUUAGCAUGUAACAAAUAACUCUCUCUCUCUCUCUUUCUCUCUCUCUCUCUCUCUCUCUUUCUCACUCUGUUUCUUAUUUAUUUAUUUUUUUCCUUUCAGAUUUGUCUUUCAACUUUAAACAUGAGAUUAAACACUGAAUCUAUCACCAUUGGAUUGAUUUUCACAGUUUCCACAGACAAUGCCAAAAAAAAUGUCUAUAGGUGUGUUCACCCGGGUGACACAAAUAAAGUAAAUGAGACGUCUCUCUUCAAAAACAAUUUUGAUAUCUUAAAGGAGUCCCCACAAAAGCAAGCGACUCUCGCGGAAACACACACAUAUAAAAAUAUAUAGAUUUUUUUAUAUAUAUAGAUUUUGCUGGAUGAAAGAUUUGCUAGACCGCAUCAGUCUGCUGCUGUUUUGCUGUCAAGAGGGCUUUCAAGAUAUACAAAGCUUUUGAUUCUGUAUCUGAUGUGAUUGUGUUUAAAAAAAAAUGAAAAGAAAGCUGUCAGAAAGGCUCUCUUUGGAAUAGCAUGUUUUAGGCCUUAUUUUGUACAUCAACUUGUAAACUAAGCAAUUAUACGAGAUUUCAAAGCUGAACAUUGCUGUUGACACAAGGUUACAUGUUGCGCCCUGAAGGAUAAUUGCAUUUGCAUACUGGGGGUGGUUUUUAUUGUUAUUUUUUUUUACUUUAUAAAUAUGAUUGGCAGGAUAUUUACUUUAUAAAUAUAUCUGAUCUUUUUUUCUUAUGUGUAUCGUCAGUAGUGCUGUUUGAAUUGGCUGCUGGAGGCGCUGACUCUGGAAUGUUCUGGAAGAUUUGAACCUGUUACUUUCUGUUGGGAUGCCAAGUGA